AUGAACUCUGGAUCAGCACAGAAUGGACGGGGGGCCAGCCGGCCGGCUUCCUCGCACGGUUCUUGGGACCGCAAUGCGCCCCCUCGAGAUACACAUCGGAUUGCGGGAUAUGGGGACUGUUCUGUACAAGGCAGUCUUCCACCAUCGCAGUAUGCUCCUGCACCGAAUAUGAACCCGAACAUUGGUUAUCAGAUUCCACCGGCCAAUCAACAGGCCUAUCAAUCUCGGGGCCACGCUCCUGCCAUGCAACAGCACCAACCGCAAAUACCUUCAGGACAAGGUCAACAACAAUUUAGCGCUUUUAAUACUUUGCCACCAGAUCCAAUGGGGAUGGAUCAAGCUUUCUUCCAAAUGGCACAGAAUAUGCCCUGGAUGUAUCCGGGCUUUGAUAGCGGGACGCCAUUUCCACCUCCAUUUCCCCUCCUCCCUUUCGAUAUGAAUGCCCCACUACCCUUCCAAAACACCAGACCCAUGAGCACAAUGGCCGGUGGCACAGGAAAACGGUCCACGCCGGAUGUUCAGAGACAAAGAUCGCCAACACCGCCAGUCAAAGUCCCACUCCCGACAUUACAAUACACAAAUCAGGCAUCAUUGAAGCCAGAGAAGACAGAAAAGCGACCACUCCUCGUCAUCCUCGAUCUCAACGGCACCCUCAUUUACCGCAAGGUUCGCAAAUUCCCACCGAAAUUUGCCAGACGCACUGGUCUAGAUCACUUCCUAGCCAUGCUAGUCAAGAACUACAAAGUCAUGAUCUGGUCCAGCUCUCAACCCCCAACUGUAAACGCAGUCUGCGAGCAGAUCUUCCCAGGCCCCAUGCACGACGCUCUCGUCGCCCGCUGGGGACGCGACAAAUUCGGCCUCACCGCCGGUCAAUACAACAAAAAGCUCCAGGUCUACAAGGAGCUACACAAAGUCUGGGCGGAGGCAAAUAUCCAAGGCGCAUUCCCAGGGAACGAACAUCUGAAAAAUCCCCCGGGGGAAUCAUCAAGCGACAACCCAUCACGCAAGAACCGCAAGCAAAAGCUUCGCGAUGCUAAAGCUGCAAAGCUUCCCGCGGGCCACCGUUGGGACCAGACCAAUACCAUCCUCAUUGAUGAUAGCAAGCUCAAGGCUUCGAGUGAACCGUACAAUAUCCUCGAGAUUCCGGAGUUCGCUAAUGAUCCCAGCAUCGAUGAGACGAAGCUCUUCACUAAGGUGCUCAAUCGUCUUGAUUAUCUCGCACACCACGACGACGUGAGCAAGGUUCUCCGCGUCUGGAAUGAGCGGGUAGACAAGGGUGAGGGUAGUAUUCUGGAUUUGGAUAUCGGACUCCACGAGGAUUCUGUCGACAACGAGGAUGGCGGGAUAAGUCUUCUCCCAGAGCAGUUGAAUGGCAGCUCUAGUGGGGAUCCCAUGACCUUCAAUGGUACAAACGGCGCCCCUGCCCCUGCCCCUGCAAUUUCUAAGGCCAAGGCCAAGAAAAAUAAGAAAGCGAAGGCUAGAGAAAAAGCCGCCGCCGCCGCCGCCAAUAAUCCAACCGAAAACAUGACACCCGCACUUUCCAGUACUGCACCCAUCACAAACCAGCCAGUCACAAAGCCAACACAACCCCAGCAGAAGACAGAAGACCAAAAGACCGAAAUUAAAUUGUCCCGCAAAGCCCGCAAAAGAGCCAGGGAAGAAGAAAGUCUCGCCAUAAAGGCCGCCGCCGAGGCGGAACAGCGAAAGAAACACGAUAUUCCUAUGCCGAGUUCCGAAAAUGAGACUACCGGGCCAAAAAUACCUGGUCUCGGUCUCCUCCAAGUUCAACCUGGCACAAGCCAGAAAUCCAUUCGUCGCAAACAGAAGGCUGCAGACAAAAAGGCGCAGUACGAAGUUGAUCCUCCCACCUCUACUUCUGCUUCUGCUUCUGACUCUGGUCCCGGUUCCAAGACGGUCUUCGAAUCUGCCUCUGCAGCUGCCCACACAGCCGAUGCUGCUCGCACCAUAAAAUCCGGAUUAUCACCUGAAUACCUCCCCCAGAUACGGAUUUGA